AAGGUCUGGAUUCUAGCUGUGUUAGCAACCCCAAGGAGCACUUGAUAGAAUAUGUGGUGUUAUGCUUUAUUUAUUGGGUAUCAAUCUACAGUGCGGGUGUUCUUCUGAGGUUUGUUGGCUGGUGCCAGCCCCUGUGGGGGUCAAAAGGAGGAGCCAUGGGGGCAGGAAGACAGGUCAAACUCCUGCUGUGGAAGAACUGGACCAUCCGCAGGAGGCAGAGGGCGCGUUUCUUCAUGGAGAUCAUGUGGCCUGUUAUGCUGUUCAUGGGACUAGUGUGGCUAAGAAGAGUGAAUCCACUCUACCGUCAACAUGAAUGCCACUUCCCCAACAAGGCCAUGCCCUCCACAGGGGUCCUGCCAUGGAUCCAGGGAAUCUUCUGUAAUGCGAACAACCCAUGUUUUCAAUACCCCACCCGUGGUGAAUCUCCUGGCUUGGUGUCCAACUACAACAACUCCAUAUUGGCUCGGUUCUACAUGGAUGCCCAGGAGCUUCUUUUUAGUGACCCAGAGUUUCGGCAGCUUGGUCGCCUCUGGAGGGAAUUCAAUGCCAUGAGUAACUUCAUGGACACCCUGCGCACCCAUCCUGAACAGGUCUCAGGUCGAGGAGUAAAGGUGGAGACUAUCCUAAAGGACGAUGAGACUCUGACAUCAUUCCUGCUGAGAGAUGUUCCUCUGACAGAGUCUGUGGUGUAUCAGCUAGUCAAUGCCCAAAUCAGGCCUGAACAGUUUGCCUUUGGGGUUCCAGCUUUGCAUUUAAAGGACAUUGCCUGCAGCCUGACCCUGCUGGAGCGGUUCCUUAUCUUCCCCAGCCGCCGAGGACUAUAUGCUGUCCGCAAUGCCAUGUGCAUCCUUACCCAACAACGGCUACAGAUCAUUGAGGACAAAUUCUACGCAAAUGUCGAUUUUUUCAAGCUCUUCCGUCUGCUUCCUCUUGUGCUGGACAAUCACUCUGAAGGCAUUGACAUUCACCUCUGGGUACAGGUCGUCUCUGCCGCCUCGGACAAACUGCAAGAGUUUUACCAGAGGAAUAUCUCCAGGGAGUUUCUCCAGGUUAUGACUCCUCUCUUCCAGAACAAUCUGUCCUUCAGGCAGGUGAUGGCCGCUGCCUCCAGCCUGGUAUGUGGCUACACUGAGGGCGCUUUCUCCCGAGUCACCUCCUUUAACUGGUACGAGGACAAUAACUACAAAGCCUUCCUGGGCAUCAACAGCGGCAGGGCGCAGGGCCACUACACAUACGACAACAGCACCACUCCUUUCUGCAAUGAUCUGAUGAAAGAACUGGACUCCAACCCUGCUACCAAGAUUGUGUGGAACUCUGUCAAGCCCAUGCUGAUGGGACAGAUCCUCUACGCCCCUGACUCGCCGGCUGUUAGGCAGAUCAUACGAAAUGCAAACACUACAUUUGAGGAGCUGGAGAGGCUGAGGGUGAUGGGGAAGGCCUGGGAGGAAGUGGCUCCUCAGAUCUGGGCUUUUUUCCAAGAUGGAGUCCAAGUCAAGAUGAUCCGGGACACCAUCCGCAAUCCAUCCGUGAUGGAUUUCAUUGACAGGACUCUAGAGGAGGCGCCGUUCUCCUCCAAGCACAUCCUCAACUUCCUGCACAACGGCCCACCAGAGGACCGUCCAGACAACGUGCCUGAUUUUGACUGGCGAGACAUCUUCAACCUUACUGACCGGGUCAUUCGGAUGCUCAACCAAUAUGGGGAUUGUGUGAUCCUGGAUAAGUUUGUGGCUCAGCCUGACGAGGACGCCAUCACUCAUCGCGCCUUGGACCUGUUGGAGGACAGCAAGUUCUGGGCGGGCCUUGUCUUCAUAAAUAUGUACCCUUGGACCACCAGUGUCCCACCUCAUAUUAAGUUCAAGAUCCGUAUGGAUAUUGAUGCAGUGGAGCGCACCAAUAAGAUCAAAGACAGGUAUUGGGACCCGGGCCCCAGAGCUGAUCCUAUGGAUGACCUCCGCUAUGUGUGGGGCGGCUUUGCUUACCUCCAGGACAUAAUAGAGCAUGGGAUCAUCAAGAGUCAGACAGGAAAGGAGUGGCCACUGGGUGUUUACCUACAGCAGAUGCCCUACCCUUGUUAUGUGGAUGAUCUCUUCAUGCUGACAUUGAAUCGCUGUUUCCCCAUCUUCAUGGUGCUUGCCUGGGUCUACUCUGUGUCCAUGAUAGUCAAGAGUAUUGUCCUGGAGAAGGAACUCCGCCUGAAGGAGACCCUGAAGGCAAUGGGGGUAACCAAUGGGGUCAUCUGGUCCACCUGGUUUAUUGACAGCUUCCUCAUGAUGGGCACUAGCACUGCUCUCCUCACGGCCAUCAUCAUGGGUGGAAGGGUACUGAACUACAGCAAUGCCGUCAUCCUCUUCCUCUUUUUGCUCACCUUUACUACGGCUACCAUCAUGCAAUGCUUCCUCCUUAGUGUCUUCUUCAACCAGGCCAACCUGGCAGCAGCCUGUUGCGGCAUCGUUUACUUCACCCUUUACCUCCCGCACAUCUUCUGCUUCACCUGGCAAGACCGCAUCACCAAGGACAUGAAGAUCCUGCUGAGUCUGCUGUCCCAAGUGGCUUUUGGCUUUGGGACAGAGUACCUGUCGCGAUAUGAAGAGCAGGGCCUGGGUCUGCAGUGGGACAACAUCCAGACCAGCCCUCUGGAGGGGGACGAGUUCUCCUUUCUCACCUCCAUCUGCAUGAUGGCCUUGGACACGCUGCUGUAUGCUGUGCUGGCCUGGUACCUGGACAAUGUCUUCCCUGGACAGUAUGGAAUUGGUCGACCAUUUUACUUCCCCUUCCUGCCCUGUUAUUGGCUCAACAGUGUGGCUCCAGCUUCAGGUGACAACAAACUGGAGUUGGAUAAAAAAGGCUUUCACAACCUGGCAAACAAAGAGCAAGGAGAGCAGCAGAAAAAAGAGGAGGAGGAAGACCAAGAUCAGGAGAAAGAGCAGGAGAAACCCAAGACUCUGGAGAAGACAGCCUCGUGUGAACAUCAGGAUCAGCGUGAGAGGCUGGAGAAGGCGAACCAGGCUGAGGCAGAGGAGAACCAGAAGAGAGACGGUCAGCCAUUCUUUGAAGCAGAGCCAGCUGACUUGGUGAAGGGAGUUUGUAUCCAGGACCUGGUCAAGGUGUUCGGCAGUAGCUCCAGACCGGCUGUGGAUGGCCUUAGCAUCAGCUUUUAUGAGAGCCAGAUUACUGCCUUUCUGGGCCACAAUGGGGCUGGGAAGACCACCACCAUGUCCAUCUUGACCGGUAUGUUCCCUCCCACCUCAGGGACAGCCACCAUCUAUGGCAAGGACAUCCGCACAGACAUGGACACCAUCCGUCUCUCUCUGGGAAUGUGCCCUCAACACAACAUCCUUUUUCAGCAUAUGACAGUAGCGGAGCAUAUCCUCUUCUACUCGCUGUUGAAAGGCCGUCCAAUAGCGGAGGCCGAGGAAGAGGUUGAGAACAUGCUGCAGGAUCUGGGUCUUCCCCAUAAGAGGGAUGAACUGACUCAGAACCUCUCAGGGGGCAUGCAGAGGAAGUUAUCAGUUGCCUUGGCGUUUGUUGGUGGGGCUAAGGUGGUGAUCCUGGAUGAGCCCACUUCAGGGGUGGACCCCUACUCCAGACGCUCCAUUUGGGACCUGCUGCUCAAAUACCGUGCAGGUCGCACAGUCAUCAUGUCCACCCACCACAUGGACGAGGCCGACCUGCUGAGUGACAGGGUGGCUAUCAUCUCUCAGGGCCGCCUCUACUGCUGCGGUUCCCCCAUCUUCCUCAAGAACUGUUUUGGUGCUGGAUUCUACCUCACUCUUGUACGACGAAUGAAACAUGAUACUCCAAAGGCCAGCUGUGACUGUACGGAAGAUUGCUCCUGUCAAUGUUCAAAGUGUUCAAAGUUUAAAGUGAACCAGGAAGAGAGCCAGACCCCAGACAGACGGAUGGAUGGUAACAUGGAAAGCAUCACAGCCCUGGUCCAUCAUCACGUGCCACAGGCUCGUCUCAUUGAGGCCAUUGGCCAGGAACUGACCUAUCUGCUGCCGAACCGUGACUUCCAGCCCAGGGCCUACGCUAGCCUCUUCAGGGAGCUGGAGGAAACCCUGGUGGACAUGGGCCUCAGCAGCUUUGGUGUGUCCGACACAUCGCUGGAGGAGAUCUUUCUAAAGGUCACUGCUGAUGGGAAUGCAACCAACAGGAAAUGCAUACAAGACAAGAAAUCAUUGCAACAGAUCUCUCGAACUAGUCUCUGUGGAUUCAACAGAGUGGCAGUUGAUAUGGAACCACCAAAAGAGACAGAUGGGGCUUUGCACACCAAUGGCAAGGGCCCGUGUGAUGUCCCAGAGGGCAGUGCAGGACGGGGAUCCUACCAGGUCAGAGGCCUGUGUCUGACCAUGAAACAGUUCUUCGCUCUGCUGAUCAAGAGGUUACAUCAUGCGACACGCUCCUACAAAGACUUCUUUGCCCAGAUUGUGCUGCCAGCCAGUUUUGUUUUCCUGGCACUGACAUUCACUCUGAUCGUUCCGCCUUUCGGAGAGUAUCCAAGUCUGACUCUCAGUCCCUGGAUGUAUGGGAGACAGUACACCUUCUUCAGUAAUGAGCAUCCUAUGGAUGCUGAGAUGAGAUACUUUGGUGAAGUGUUGUUGGACAAGCCUGGCUUUGGGACUCGCUGCAUGGUGGAUGAACCACUAGAAGAUUUCCCAUGUAACAACAUCACCACGGAGUGGGAGAUGCCCCUGGUUAACCCUGUCCUGAUAGAUAUGCUGGCUGGCCCAGAAUGGAACUCCCUCAGACCGUCUCCAGACUGUCAAUGCAGCACACCCAGGAAGCUCACCAUGCUGCCUGUGUGUCCUGAGGGAGCUGGAGGCCUGCCACCUCCACAGAGGAUCCAGUCAACAGGAGAUGUUCUCAUGGACCUAACAGGCAGGAACAUCUCUGACUACCUGGUGAAGACCUACCCCAGAAUCAUCAGAACCAGCUUGAAGAGCAAAUAUUGGGUGAACGAACAAAGGUAUGGAGGUAUAUCAGUGGGAGGACAGCUUCCUGUUUUAGUGCUGCAGCCAAAGACCAUCCAGGAUGUAGCAGCACAGCUGGGACGACUGCUCAAUGUUACUGGGGGCAAAUACUCCAAACAAACACUGAAGGACAUAGGGACGUUCCUCAGGUACAUGGAGACUCAAAACAAUGUCAAGGUGUGGUACAACAAUAAGGGCUGGCAUACCAUGGUUUCUUUCAUGAACGUGGCCAACAACGCCAUCCUACGUGCAAACCUGCCCAAAGGAGCUAACCUGGACGAAUAUGGAAUCACUGCCAUCAACCAUCCUCUGAACCUCACCAAAGAACAGCUCUCUGAGAUCACUGUCCUGACCACCUCAGUGGAUGCAGUAGUAGCCAUCUGUGUCAUCUUUGCCAUGUCGUUCGUUCCAGCCAGCUUCGUCCUCUAUUUAAUCCAGGAGAGGGUCACCCAGGCCAAACACCUGCAGUUUGUCAGUGGUGUCAGUCCAUUGGUCUACUGGAUGGCCAACCUUCUCUGGGACAUGGUGAAUUAUUCCAUCAGUGCAGCGAUGGUUGUGAAAAUUUUCAUCUUUUUUGAUAAGAAGUGCUACACCUCUGCAACCAACCUCCAACCACUUAUUGCCCUGCUUAUGCUUUAUGGCUGGUCUGUGACACCCAUGAUGUACCCCAUGUCCUUUAUAUUCAGUGUUCCCAGCACAGCCUACGUCUCUUUGUCAUGUAUCAACCUCUUCAUUGGCAUCAACAGCAGUGCCAUCACCUUCAUCCUGGACCUUUUUGAGGGCACCACAGCUCUGUACAAGCUCAACCAGCUGUUAAAGACCGUGCUGCUCAUCUUCCCCCAUUACUGCCUGGGCCGAGGCCUCAUAGACAUGGCCAUGAACCAGGCUGUGACUGAUAUCUACGCUCGCUUUGGUGAGGACUACAGUCCAGACCCCUAUAACUGGGACUUUAUUGGGAAGAACCUAUUCUGCAUGGCUGUUGAGGGAUUCGUCUAUUUCAUUCUUAACGUUCUCUUCCAGUAUCGCUUCUUCCUGGACCACUGGAUAUCAGAUUGCCCAAAGCCUCCUAUUUUGGACGAAGAUGUUGAUGUGGCAGAAGAAAGAGAGCGAAUCUGUAAUAGUGAAAAAACAAACGACAUUUUACGCAUACGAGACCUGUCCAAGACGUACACACGAACAAUCAUCCCUGCAGUGGACCGAAUCUGUGUUGGAGUAUCACCUGGAGAGUGCUUUGGUCUCCUGGGGGUGAAUGGAGCAGGGAAAACCACAACAUUUAAGAUGUUGACUGGAGACAUUGAAGUCACCUCAGGAGAGGCCUCAGUCGCUGGUCACAGCAUUUUGACCAACAUCCUGGACGUCCACCAGAACAUGGGAUACUGCCCACAGUUUGAUGCCAUAGAUGAGCUGCUGACAGGCAGAGAACAUCUACACCUCUACGCCCGCCUCCGUGGAGUUCCGGAGUCUGAGAUCAGCAGGGUUGCAGAGUGGGCCAUCCAGAAGCUGGGUCUGUCAGAAGAUGCAGGCCGAAGUGCUGGGACCUACAGUGGAGGAACCAAGAGGAAACUCUCCACAGCCAUUGCCAUGAUAGGCUGCCCUGCGCUGGUGCUGCUGGAUGAGCCCACUACAGGUAUGGACCCUCUCUCCAGACGCUUCCUGUGGAACUCCAUCAUGAGUGUUAUUCAGGACAGACGAGCUGUGGUCCUCACCUCACACAGUAUGGAGGAAUGUGAGGCGCUGUGUACCCGCUUAGCAAUUAUGGUUAAUGGAUCCUUUAAGUGUUUGGGAACUAUUCAACAUCUCAAAUACAAGUUUGGUGAUGGCUAUGUGGUGACCAUGAAGAUCAGGGCAGCUAAGCCCGGUUGUGCACCAGACCUGAACCCUGCCGAAGCAUUCAUGGAGAACACCUUCCCUGGCUGCAUCCAGAGAGAGAAACACUACAACACUCUACAGUACAAGAUCUCCUCCUCCUCCCUGGCUAGGAUCUUUCAAAUGGUCCUGGCUGACAAAGACAAGCUCAACAUAGAGGACUACUCAGUGUCACAGACUACUCUAGACCAGGUUUUUGUGAAUUUCGCCAAGCAACAGUCAAGAGAGGAUGACAGUAUUGUGUUGCAUCCAAAAGCUGCUGGGGCACAGCGAUAUAUUGACACCAUACCCAUCAAGUCUUUGAGGAAGUGAACUUACCUCAAUGAGCUCAACUGGAAGACAGUCCUUGGCUUCCAUUUCUGUGGCCGCUGUGUUCAAAGACUGCGGCCUAUGGAUGUGCGUGUGCUUCGGAUGACUGAAAGCUAGUUGGCAGAACUUAAACCUCCUCGUCAAAUAAAACAGAAGAUUCGCUAUAGUGUCAUCAUGAAGUCCCGCCCCUAGUCCGGUAGAGACAAGUUGUGGUUCCAAAUUUGAGCAAAGGAAGUCUGUAUAUUUCAUCUGCAUUUGGAGGAGCCUUUGGAAUGGUCUUGUCCUUGCGGAUCAAUUAUGUGUUAGGUCUUGAAAUACAGUCUGUGAAGGAGGCAGCCCCUUAAAUGGGACAUGACAUAUGUCAUGUUUGACUGAUGAUUUGACAUGUGGCAAUACUACACAUGCUCUACUUUGCUUUUCCAGUAAACAGGGUUAGUGGGCUUUGAAUUUGGAAAGUGUGGAGCAUUUAUGUGCCUGCUGAUAUGUUCCACGUUCUGCUCACCUUGUAGGCCUUGCAAACUAAAUGAAACUGAGCUUUAGAUUUAUGACAAGGACCAUGACUGAUUGAUGAUAUGUCAAAAAUGUUCAAUAUCAGGUUGUAAUGGGAGCUUGAUGUGGAUUGUGGAAAGCAUAGGUCCUGUGUAUUUUUUGCCUCAGAUGCCAAGCAAGAUAAUCAUUUUUUUUGCCUUCUUUAGAUAUGUGAAAUAAGCACUCAGAGAAGCAUAGUCUUAGCACUUUAUUGAUGCAGCUUUAAUUGAAGCAUCACAAUUCUGUUUGGAAAUCUGCUAAAAAAAUCUGCUAGUGCAAUACAGCUAAUCAUUUUUACAAAAUCCUCUUGCUGCUAUGAAAUUAAUUUCUAUGUCAUGUGAUAUUUUGAUGCCACCAUGUCUUGUUCAAUCUGUGCGCUUUAUCAUGUAUGUGUGCGACUCUGGUAAACUGUCAUUAGAGGAAGUUAACACAAUGUCACAAAUUGAUGUUUCUGAAAAGAGCAUUAUGUCAAAUAAAGUUACAUUUUUCCUUAA